CCGUUUAUCUCGAGCCUAAAUCCGCUAUAUUUUUUUGAUAAAUUAGGGUUACUAUAUUCUGAUUUCCAUUAACAGUCUGUAUUUGAUUAUAAAACUAUAGCAACAUGUGUGAAAGAAGAGGCAAACAAUUAUUAUAGGUAACGUUGACCUUCUCUGACCGGGGUGGGGCCAUUAGGCCAACCGCCCGGAUGAAAGAACACGAGAGGGUGUGGUAUAAUGGGCAAAUAUGGCGCAGUCAAUGGAAGAUGUUGAGGAUCUGCCGAUCACGAACGAGAAGGCAUUAGUUGGCCAGAAGAUUACUCGUAACAAGUACUGUGAUUACACGGAAUGUACAGAAAACGAUCAAGACUACAGUGCCUGUGAUACAUGCAGAAAAACAUUCUGUCAUACUCAUAUAGCCAGUCCAUAUCAUCAGUGUAGUCCUACAAUUAUGAAACAGGAGCCGUAUGAUGAAACGGGUUCAAUACAACAUGACAGUGUUAUUGUUUUUAGUCCACGAACACGACAUGGUGUCAAGAUGUCCAGUGAUGGAAAGUUAUUUCUCGAUGAAGAACAGCAAAUAGAGAUCAAGACGGAUGGACUAUUCCAAACGGAACCGGUGGAUCUUUCCAUGAGUGGCAGGAACGGCAAACUACGCUCCAACUCCUCGUCACCAGUCGCUCCAACCGUUAUCCCAGACUCGCGACUAAUUGAUACUUUUCCGUAUACCUCAAUAGGAAGAGAGGACGAUAAUGUUCUCGAUUUGAAAAGGAGAGCCAGUGCAAUUGUUGUUGCCCCGCGAUCAAACCAGUCCCGUAAAGAAGAUGAUUUCCCAACCGUCACAAUCGACAGUGUUAACAGAACAGGGGCAAGCGCCCUCCUAUCCCUAGAGCAAGUAGCACCACCGAAAUGGGCAGUGAACCCUCACCCUCACAGAAGUUCAGUAAGCGAGUCAAGUCCGAGCCGGACUGCGCCUCGCCCUUUGCCGACCCGGAAACGGAUACACUUGUGCGAUUUUGAAGGGUGCAAUAAAGUUUACACAAAAAGCUCACAUCUCAAAGCCCACAGGCGAACUCAUACAGGCGAGAAACCGUACAAGUGUACAUGGAAUGGCUGCCACUGGUGUUUCGCACGCUCCGACGAACUCACACGGCACUACCGCAAACACACAGGCGACAAACCGUUCAAGUGCGUGCAAUGCGAGAGGGCGUUUUCCAGAUCAGACCACCUCGCGCUUCAUAUGAAGCGUCACUGAUUCAAGGUUAUACCUACCGUAGUUGGUGUGUUUGAAGUUUUUUUUCUAGGCUGGCCCUGGUUGCUGGCUGAGGUUGGUCUACCGCCCUCUACAGGUUUACAAGUGCUGUGUGUUGGAUGAUGUCACUAGCAGGCUGGUGUAGAAUCAUUACAGCAUUGUGUAAAUGUAUUUGUGUAAAUUGUAAAAAAAGUAUAGAGAUCCCUGAGAAAUAAAACUACUCCUCAAGGCGAGUAAUGUUGAUGUGAUGUCUUUCCAGUACGUCGGAGGUCACUGGAAUGACCCCUGACAUCCGGGGCUAGUAUGUUUUGUUAGUGUCUUCCAGAAGGAUGCGAUUGGGUGAAUGGAAGAAAGCAUAAAAGUUAACUAUAUUCUGCUACAGAUUUUCAAAUCUUCAGAUCCUGCCCAAUAGAGAGUUACUACAAAACUAUAUUAUAUAAUUGCUUACUCGUAUAAUAUAAAAUUUUGUUGUGGCUCAACUGUGUAUUGAUGUAUGGUUUUGUCAAGGUUGCGUUGGGUCCCUGUUAAAUGUAAUACUGCUUUCACAUAUUAGUUCCAAUUUGGUACCUGGACAUACCUAUGUUAAAUAUGCUCAUAGAAUUUUAUGUUAUUUUUUUACUGAGGUGGUUAGGAUAUAAGCUGCUCUUUGAUAACAUAGACAUUCAAGGCUAAUAAUAAUAAUAAUCAAAGAUACGCUUGAAUGGGUUUUAUUGUAGAGGCAGUAACUGUUUCUUCGGGCAGUGAACAAACUAUUUAAAAUAGAUCUUUAUAGAAUUAUUUUCUUGACUGCUGAAAUGACACUUAAGCUUGUAUAAGUAAACCAAGAGUUAGCAAGAUCAAAAUUGACAUAAACAACUUACCAACUUUACUAUGAUCAAUACCCUUUAAACACCUGAAUUAUAUCUACUGUAUAAGCUGAAAAAUUUAUCAGGAUUAAGAGGAUGCCUAACCUUCUGUAAACAUUGUGAUGCUCAUUACUUAACCCAUUUUUUUUCUUUUUAUAUGGAGCUCUGCCCUCGCUAUCAAGUUUCAUUUUUUUUUAAAUGUGCAUUUUACCCCUACAUGGACAUAUAGCACCAAUAUAUAUGCACAUCAAAGGUAUUUGUCACAUAAAAAUUUGUAGUGUGAACGAAACUUAAUAGAAUAUUCAGAACAUUGCAAUAUAUUUUAAGUGACAAAUCACAAGUAUUUGUCACAAAACUUGGUAGUGUAAACGAAACUAAUUGAAUAUUCAGAACAUUGCAAUAUUCUAAGUGACAUUGCAGUUUUCUAUUUGUCACAUAAAACUUAGUGUGAACAGAGAACAUUGCAAUGUUCUAUUAGUGACAUAUCACAGGUAUUUGUCACAUAUAACUUGUUGAUGUGACUGGAGCUCGAUAGAAUAUUCAGAACAUUGCAAUAUUCUAAGUGACAAAUCACAAGUAUUUGUCAAUUAAAAUUUGAGAGUGUGAACAGAGCUUAAUAGAAUAUUCAGAAUAUUGCACUAUUCUAAGUGACAAAUGACAAGUGUAAAACACAUAAAACUUGAUAGUGUGAACAGAUGGAAUGCUAAAAACAUUGGAGUACUCUAAAGCAGGAUGAAUUAUUGAUAAGUUUGACAAACUGCCUUUGAUGUUUGCAUCAGUAAUAUAUGACGUAUAUAACAAUUGUACAAAAAGCUUAGACGACUAACCCCUCAGGCCACUACAUAGACAUUGGCUUUUAUUGUAUGUGUACUUUCAGAUGUAUGUUAAGAAAGCAUGACUGAUGACAGGUCAAUCAUGUUUGCAUUGGCUUUCAUGAUAUAAAUGCAUCCUUUCAUGAAAUACACUAUCCAUAUCAUUAAUAGCUCUCAAUAGGUCAUCUGUUCACUUGUUUUAAGCACAUAUAAACCCUUGUACUUAGCGCUUUAUAAAUACAUGAACUUUGACCUUUUUGAAUGAGUAGAAUAAAUAACCACAAUUUGAAAGACUUGUUGUGGGACAUGGGCUGAGAGAUAAAUUUUAAUGGUUAAAAAAAAAUAGGAUUACAUAUGCAAUUUUGCAGUAUAAAUCAUGGUUAUUUAAAUUCAAUAUGAUUUUUUUUCCAACAAAAUUUCGAUCUAUAUACGAAUAUAAUACAAAAUAUAUUUUAGCACAUAAUAUACUAAAUAAACAAAGGCAAAUUUGAUGACUCAAAAAUUUAUGGUUAAUACUGUAUGAAAAUACUUUGAUAUGAAAAGCAUUUAUUAUUAUUAUUGUAAGUAUCGCCACAGUCAUCUAUUUCCUGUUCAAAAUUCAUAUUAUUAUUAACAGUUUAAUGUUUAAUUUUCCCAAAUUUCGUAAUUUAAGAAAUGUUAACAAAGCAGUUAUUUCAUGUCUUUUUUGUAGUUAAUUCCAUUUUGCUAAAGAAGACUAAAACUAAGGCUUGAAAUUUCCAAUUUCAGUGAAUGACCACUCAUUUUAAAGUUUACAUACUGAAGUGUCUGAACAUCAGCUACAAUUUUUUAAUCUUAUAGUGUUUACUGUGCUUGAGAAUUAAGAAAUUGAAUUAUUGACGUCAAUUUUUAAUGGCAAGUGUAAACUCGGCUGCACCACAUGAAGCUUUCGUAAACAUCUUAUGCCCCUGUUCAGACUAUAUAUUGUCAUGAUGUGAUGUCAUCUUGACCAUAUUUAGGCAUGUCACAUGUUCUUGUCACAUGUGAACAGGGCUCUAAAUGAUGUCUGUUAGCUCCAUGGUUAGAGUUUUAGUAAUUUUUAAACUGAAAUGAAAACACAACUUGUUUUUUGUGAUAUUCAAUUUUUUUUUUUUUUUUGCCAAGUAAUUCAGACUUAAUUUUUAUCCCCUUUUAGACUUAAUAAUUUUCUAGGCAUAAUGCUUUUCUAAAGCCUUUAAGGCUUAUAGUUUAUCCUGUUCUGAAGCAAAAUAUAUAUAACUUAUAUUAAAUAAAUCUUUUUAGGGCUAGUAUUUUUCUGUGUCUAUUUUCUUAUUUUCUUUUUUUUUUCUAGAAUUCAUAAUUGAUUGAUUAAUUGAUUGUAAAUGCUAAAUAACUUUAUAAUUAACACUUUCAGGGGCUUAGCCCUAUGCCUCCUGUUAUUAUGUUGGUCAUUACAAUAACUGUAUUGAUUUUUGGGCUAUAUAAGUAAAAGUGCAUAGGUGCUCUAUGAUAUAUUAAUAAUAUUAUUUGUCAAUAUUCUCCAUAUCUCUUCUUGAGGCUUAAGUUAAUUCAAUGUUUUGCUUUUCAAUAAUUUUUAUUUCUGUCCAUUGGGUUAUUUUUAAUUUAAAUAUAUAUUUUUGCACAUUAUUUGAUAUUGCAGAAAAAUUGUAAUUAUAUGCAAUUAUCCUUACCCUAUCCUUUUAUUAGUGAAGUCAUUAACAACUCGGCUUGUUAAUUUUACCGAUUGUUUAUAAGUUAAACAAUAAAUGAAUUGGUAAAAAAAACACUAUUAUAAUAAUGCUUUUAUCGCAGUUUAAACAUGUGUUAGUUGUAUUGAUGCUAUUUCAUUAAGGUCUGUGAUAUAAUUAAAUGUUGGCUUAUGUUUAUUGUAUAUAUUACCUGUGUAAUAAAACAUCCAUAUCUGUACAUUCUGUGAUUGGUUGGGUUGUAUUAACUUUUGCAAGCCUGGCCUUUCUAACAGCUAUCCUGAAAUUUAGGAAAUGUUGAUUAAUAAAACAUAUUGAUGACCUGUCACAUCAAUCAUCCAGGGACUUCUUAAUUAAUUAGCCAGGGACUCUUAAUUAAUUGCCCAGGGACUUUUAAUUAAUGGCACAGGGUCUCCAUUAAUUUCCAAGGGUCUUUUAAUUAAUUGCCUAGUGACUUUUUAAAUUAAUUGCACAGGGUCUCUUUAUUAAUUGUCUAGGGACUAUUUAUUAUUUUUACAGUGAUUGAAAAUUAACACAUAAUAAUAAUAAUUCACCAAUAUAAUUUGCAAAAAUAACAUUUGAGUUUAUAUUUGUUUUCUUUACUUUUGGUUUUUUUUUUUGUUUUUUUUUAAGAAAACAAUCCACACCUGUCAUUAACAGGAAGGAUUUAGUGUUGAUAUAUUGAAGUUUAAUUUUGUUUAAUUUACCUGGCAUUGUUUUUAGUUCUGAAACAGAAAUUAAUAGUUAUAAACAGGGAUUUGACUCCUUCCUGAUUGGCAACACACCUUCUACUAAAGUGGCUUAAAGGGACAGUUACACAUGUUUUUUCCCAUAUUUUUCGCGUAUACCGUUCCACCAAUCAUCACACACUCCUAGCUAUCACUGUAAAACACACUGAAAUAUAACCAAUCGCAAGAUGGAGUGCUGGAAUCGAUGGACUCGCAAAAAAUAUUCCGUAAAAACAUAGUGACAGCAACUUUAAUGAGAUAACACGCAACAAUGUCUGAACAGUCUAUUGUUAAUAUUACUGAUUAAAAAUGUAUAUUUGUGAAACGGGAAAUCACGAUUAUGGAGGUUAAGAUUGCGGUAGACCUCAGAAUAGUUCAUUGGGGAAGAAAUAAAUAGCUUUACAUUUUGAUUUGUCAUUCUUAGCAGGAGAAUUAAAACCAUAAAUACUAGAUAAUUAGAUUUUUACCUGCUUCUAUAAGUUUAUCUAAGUAUAAUAAUUAAUAUCAAUAUGUGCUUGCUUACUUAUAGUAAUUUUUUUUACUAUGAAUUAAAAUAUAAAUUCAAAUUCAAUAUUUUUUUCAGUUAUUGUUUUAGUGAGAGGGAGUUACACGGGGUGCUUUAACCCUUCAUUUGAACAGGGCAUGCUCCCCCUUGAGAUUUUAAGGCAAGCAUUUCAACUAAGCCUGACUCUGAAAAUAAUUUCUGUGUUAGGAUUUGGAGGGAUAUUCCAGAUAUAACUUUUGACUCGGUGUACUUCUUGGCUCUGUGUCUUGCUUUUCAUUUGUUUAUGAGAUCUUAUAAAUCAAACAUUUCUUCCUUCAGACAGUCUGAGUAAACACUAUGUUGUCUGACCCAUUAAUUUGAUAAUAUCACAUUGUAUCCCUGGUGAUUUUUAGCACUAAAAAGAGCAUAUCCUUUAACAUCCCUAAAUAAAGCCUUGUAACGUCACUCCAAUACCGUCUAACCAUAUUUUCUUUAAUAUCCUUCAUAACAAUGUGUAUAGAAUUAUACUAGAAUACUGUAAUCCUAUCCUUAGAUUCACUUACUAUUAAGCUUAGGGGUUGCGUGACAGGGAUGCUAUUAUUCAACAAAUAAUAUAAAUCGGAUGAUGUGAAUUCUUUACCUGAAACUAUUUAUAGAUAAGCUUGAUGGAUUUGUGUGUAGUAUAUGUUUAUUUGAUUUUCUUUUUUGUUUGAAAAUUUCAUGUUGUAUUCUGGAAUAAAACUGCGAGUCUAUGUCUGUUAGCAAAGUUUUACGGAAAUGGAUAAAAGAAGUGUUAUUGCAUCAGUGCUAAAUUACAUAAGCUGAAGUAAUUAUAAUAUUAUAUACCUCUUUGAGAUAACAGGGAAUUGAUAAUUAAUUAAAACAUGAUUAUGGUUAAUUAGUGGAUCAAUUGUAUUUGAGGCUUGAAAAUGUAACAUAUUCUUAUACUUCGCACUGUAAGCUUUAAAAUAAUGGAUCAUUUACUGAUUCACUAUUGCCAAUGUUAUGAGUAAAAGUAUUACAGCUUCUCUUAUACUAUUAGCAUACAAUACUGCACAUUCUUAUGCAAGUUACUCAGUUUAACAAUUCAGUACGCUGAUUUUGGGGAUGGCCAGCCUCAUAUUAUUAAACCAUGGAAAUACACUACUAUCAGACUCAAAAAGAGUAUUUCAUAAGAUUUUAUCUGAUACAAUUUUUGUUUGUUUCAAACAAAUCUGAUCAAACAAAUUGAGUCCCUUCUCACCCUUCUCAUGUUUGUUUUUUAAUUCAGAUUAUAAUCAAACUUUGAGUCUGACCAGAAUGUGCAUAUCUGUAUAUUUCACUACUAGCAAAAUCAAAGAUGUUCACUUAACAUUGUAAAUAGGAUUGUUAAAAACUUUUCAAAGUACCCCCUCUAUAGUUCAGAAUAUUGUUAGCUGUUGUCAUUGAUAAUAAUACUAUACUUCUAAAUA